AUGGAGGCCUUAAUAGUCCUUGUCCUUCUCGUGCAAACCUUCAUCCAGUACCCACACGUGGUGGCUGAUGGGCUGGAUGAGGCCACCCAUUUGCGCCUGGAGAUGCGGGAGAAGUAUCUCAACCAGGAAAUGACUCGGCUGCUGCAGGAGCUGGAGCAGAGUAGCCUGGAGCCCGGUGUCAGGGCCUGGGGAGCCCUGCUCUGGGCUACCUUGGAGCAGUGGCACUUCUGGGCUCUUCUUGGAGUCCUGGGCCUUCUCUUGGCACUGGCCUUUAGCCUCAGGAAAAGGAGCCGUGAGCCACAUGGCAGUGCACCACAGGAGAAUGCCAGCAGCAACUUGGAGGCACAGGAAGAUCAAGUUAAUGGCCAUGCAAAUGUGGAAGAAAACAAUGCUGCUGGAAGAGAAGAAAGGAAAUACGGUGCAAAUGGAGACCAAGAGCAAGAUCCUGACAGUAAGCUUGGCAGGUUUAUAGAGGAGCGCAUUCGCUGGCCUGUUCUGGACAGAGGUUGCAUGAUAACUGACCUGAUAGAUGAUUUGACACGUGCCUUUGGACACCACUUGUCAAGUCGUUUCUACCCAGUGCCACAGCAAGCCAUCGGCAUGGGCAGUGCCUUUGAAGGUUGGAGUCCCCGCAAGGAGGAUGUUGUGUACCGUGUCCUCGUACCCCUCAGUCCUCCCCCGGGGCACACCUUCCACCUGGAGCCGAACACUGCCGCAGGCAUGCCAGGAAAGAACUUCUGCAUCCGUGUGGAGCAGGUCCACAUCCCGGAGGAAAAGCUGAGGAGGAAUAAGAAGUCCAUCCUCCUCUACAACCUCUGUACUCGUUCCUACCUAGAUGUGGAGAAAACUACCCUAUGGUUCCGUCUGAUGGUGAGAGCAAGUUGGUCGCGUUUGCCUCAGUCCAAGCACUGGCAUUUAAGGGUGCUGCCCUCCAGACGCUCCUGUACACUCCGGCUGACCAAAGGCGGAGAAAGCUUCUGCGUUGAGGUGCUGUUUGGGGUGCAGCAAGGAAACUCAGACAUCUAUGUGAGCAGCCAGUCUAGAGAGGCCCUCUUCACCCCAAGCACAGUGUGGCCGGAGACCUACGGCGUGGCAGAGAUGAAGUUCUUCAGCCACAUUGCCCGGCAGGCUCCACCUGACAGCUGCCACCUCAGAUGCCUGCAGCUCUUGGCCCGUGCUGGGGUGGGCAGAGCCUUUUCCAAUUAUACCCUCAAGACCAUCAUGAUGCACCUCCUCAACACCAUCCCCAUGGCCCAGUGGUGCAGGAGGCAUUGCCGCCAGCGGCUGCUGGAGAGCUUGGAUUACCUGCGCUGCUCCCUGCAGAAGAAACGCCUGGACUGCUUUGUCAUAGGCAACCAGAGCAUCCCACUGCAGAUCGACUUGCCUCCGCACUUCCAAACGCUUCAGCCACCCAACCUUUUCUGGCACCUGGCACAGGAUCCAGACGCCCACAGAGAGGCCUGGCAAGACUUCCUUUUCCUCCGCUAUCGGCUCAAACAACUGCUCAAGGCCAUUGAUGGACAAGCCAGCUCUGCUCCGGGGGCUCACAUCACAUGCAGAAUUUUAAAAUAUUUCCAAGUGGAAAUUAGGAAAAGUUUUAGUUUGGUAGUACAAUUCUUGUUAAUGUAAUUGGAAACAGUGGAAAACAUUCCCUUUGAUGAAGGUUUAUCAAACAAUCCAUGCUUGUCCACCUCAGAAAAGAUGGAAUUUCUCUCUUGUGUAUGCAACCCUGAAUUGCCAGUUAAGGAAAAGCAGCUGCCUCAAAUGCUGGUGGAUAGUUUCCAGGGUCUGGAAUCUGACAUAAAAAAACCUUCUCUUCUCUGUAAUAGUCUCAGCUUAUGUGCAUGUCCCAAAACAGAGUUUCUGAAAUAGUAAGCUAAGACAGAAGGCAAAACCAGCAGGGGUCCUAAGAAGUUGCUCAAGCAUGGGAAAGUGAUAAUUGCAAAAGUGUUCCUUGGCCACAGUUCUCCAGCUUGUGCAAUGAAUCCCAUCUAUCAAGUCAACUACCCAGGAGCUAAUUCAGUGUUCAGGUCAUGGAAAUGCCAAGAAAGUGAUGCAUCUACUUCUGGCACUGAAAUGUGGGCUUCCUUGGAAUGGAGGAAUUGUGACUGCAGCCCCUGGCAUUGUGACAGGUUUGUGUUUGACCAAGAACUGGUCCUGACAGAAUACAUUGCUGGAUUUGAGUGUGUUACUCUGCUACUUCUCAAAAAACAGUGUCUGUUUUCUAUGUGCAAUAUAAUAGUGAAAGAGGGAAAGAGAAACACAGAAAGAUAUAUUCUGUCUCAUGAUUUGUAACGUGAUGGUGUUUUGAACAUGGAACUGACAGUAAAGGUCAGGCCUCAGACUGCUUCAAUGAAAAAAGCCCACAAUAUUUGCAGUGUUUUGAGUUUGAAUGGGAACAGCCUGAGCAUGCUACAGGACAGCUCUGAUUUAAAAACACUUCUAAAGCCUAUCAUCAGCUUUCUUGAAUUUGCUUCAUUAAAUAACAUUUAUGUCCUGCCUUUAAUCAGAUAUUUUGAUGUGAAUCAUAACCAUGUGAUCACUUUUGAGGGCAUAAAAAGCUUAAAUAAAGUGCAGUUCUUCAACCUGAGAGGGAAUCAGCUGAAGAAGUCCAGAGAAGACAUAAAUACUUUACAAAAACACACUCCCAACACACUCAGUCCUGACAUCACACACAACCCAUGGCAUAAGCCAGCCUCCUUCCAGCUGAGUGUCACCAGCCAGUGAAAGGCUCUCACUGACUCAAAUGGAGUCCUGAUUUCUAAUGAAGUUGCAGAAGCAUCACAAUAUAUUGCAGGAUCAAAGAUGAAUGAGGGUUGUUAUUGUUUUUUAGCUCUAGAUCUGGUAUUAGCAGACCAGUUUAGAGAUGUCUGCAGCAUGAAUUUACAGAACAACAAUCUCCUGUCUUUCAGUGAUUUAAUCUUCUUCCCCUCUUUACAUGUAUUAUGGCUGAGCUACAGUCAGAUUGAAUCAAUACUGCCUGGACAAAAGCUCCCAAACCAGGGAACAAAGAGGCAGCAGCUUGUUCACAUUGACAGCAGGUUGCUGCUGAAACCAGUUGCAAACUCUCCAGAGGACUCCGGAUUUCCUGAACUGACAGCAAACUUUACAAGACAAAACCCUCUCAGAAGAACACAUGGGAAGCUGAAUGAAAACAGUAAGCAUUUAUUGGGCUCUGAUCUUAUAUUUGGCCAUGAAUUUGGAGACCCUCUACCGAAUAAGUCACAUGAAAAUAAGCCUAAGAACACGGGAAUUACAACAAAUAAUCUUUGAAGCAUCCAUGCAGAAAGAGCUCUUGGGCAAGCCAAAGGAGCAGCAACUAAUCUUCUAAACCAUUUGGUGCAUCACAGUGCUGCUGCUGCUCAAACCAGCCAACUGCACCAGGGCCACACAGAAAAUCCGGGCAGGUGA